AAAAAAAGGGUAAUUAAUUGAAAUUCACUCGGAGCUGCCUCACACAUUUUACAAUUUGCACCAGAAGUGCGUGCAUCCGCCCCCGGACCUGUAAGAAGGGCUGCCACAUCUUACUCCACAGAAUGGGACCUUCCAGGAUCUCGGAGAUCUCCUUACUGCUGCUGCUGAUCCAUCUGACAUCUGCAAUCCCAGCGACCACUAAGUGUGACAGAAACCAGUUCCAAUGUGACGAUGGGAAAUGUAUCCCAUACAAGUGGGUCUGCGAUGGCAGUGAAGAGUGCAGGGAUGGGUCUGACGAGUUUCCCGAGACCUGCCGGCAUAAAACAUGCAGCCCUGACCAGUUUAGCUGUGGUGAUAGGUCAAACCGAUGUAUCCCCAAGUCAUGGCAGUGUGAUGACCAAGAAGACUGUGAAAAUGGCUCCGAUGAGAAGGACUGUGCUCGCAAGCCCUGUGCCUCUGAUGAUCAGUUCCAGUGCCGCAGUGGAAUGUGCAUCUCUCUCGAAUACCAAUGUGACGGUGACAACGACUGCGACGACGGCAGCGAUGAAGACACUUGCCCUCCUCCCACUUGUAAUCCAGCCUUUUUUCAAUGCAAAAACUCAACCCUCUGCAUCCCCAAACUAUGGACAUGUGAUGGGGAUCCUGACUGUGAAGACGGCUCCGACGAGGAGAGCUGUGAAGGAAAGGAGCCGAUCAAGACGGACAAACCCUGCUCCUCUUUGGAGUUCCACUGUGGGAGCGGCGAGUGUGUGCAUAUGAGUUGGAAGUGUGACGGACAGUUUGACUGCAAGGACAAAUCUGAUGAAAAGGACUGUGAAAAACCAACCUGCAGCCCAGAUCAGUUCCAGUGUAACAACGGGAAAUGCAUCCAUGGCAGCCGGCAGUGUGACCGACAAUACGACUGUGAAGAUCUAAGCGAUGAAAUGGGCUGUGUAAACGCCACGAGGUGUGAGGGCCCCGACAAGUUCAAGUGUUCAAGUGGAGAAUGCAUCAGUAUGGACCAAGUGUGUAACGUUGCCAAAGACUGUAGAGACUGGUCAGAUGAACCACUAAAGGAGUGUUCCCUGAAUGAAUGCAUGGAAAAAAAUGGCGGCUGCUCCCAUAUUUGCAAUGACCUCAAGAUUGGAUACGAGUGUUUAUGCCCGGAGGGAUAUCGCCUAGUUAAUGGAAGGAAAUGUGAAGAUAUUGACGAAUGUCUGCGACCUGAUACCUGCGGCCAAAUCUGCACUAACUUGGAAGGAAGCUACAAGUGUGAAUGCUAUGAUGGCUACCAAAUUGAUCCAAAAACAGGGUCCUGCAAGAGCACUGGACCGGUGGCUUACCUCUUCUUCACCAACCGUCACGAGGUGAGGAAGAUGACGCUGGACAGGAGCGAGUACACAAGUUUCAUUCCAAGUCUCAAGAAUGUCGUGGCAUUAGAUAUGGAGAUAGCAAGCAAUAAAAUCUACUGGUCGGAUUUAUCCCAGAAGAAAAUUUACAGUGCUUUAAUGGACAAGGCCCAUAACUUUUCCCACCAUGAGACUGUAAUCAGCAAUGAAAUUGUAUCUCCAGACGGUAUUGCAGUAGAUUGGGUUCAUGCCAACCUAUACUGGACAGACUCUUACAUUGGCACCAUCUCUGUGGCCAAUACUGCCGGGUCCAAGCGAAAAACACUCUUCAGCCAAGGUCUGGCUAAGCCACGAGAUAUUGUGGUGGAUCCUACAAAAGGGUUUAUGUACUGGACCGACUGGGGUGCCCCUGCCAAGAUUGAGAAGGGUGGUUUGAAUGGAGUAGACAGACAAACUCUGGUCGACAGUGAUAUUGAAUGGCCUAAUGGUAUCACACUGGACUUGACCCAUCAGAGACUCUACUGGGUGGAUUCCAAGUUGCACACUUUGUCCAGCAUUGACGUUACUGGAGACAAUAGAAGGAAGGUCAUUGUUGAUGAGCAUUCCUUAUCUCACCCAUUCGGCCUCACAAUCUUUGAGGAUCUGGUCUUCUGGACGGAUAUUGACAAUGAAGCUAUAUUCAGCGCUAACAGGCUGACCGGGGAACAAAUCACGAAAGUUGCAGAAGAUCUGUUAUCACCAGAAGACAUUGUCUUGUAUCACAAUAGGGGACAGCCUAAAGCGGAAAACUGGUGCCAGUCCGAAAAUGGAGGAUGUCAAUACCUGUGCCUGCCGGCCCCACAAAUCACUGCAGGUUCCCCCAAGUUUACUUGUGCGUGUCCUGAUGGAGAGCACCUGGGCACAAACGGCAAGAGCUGUGUAAAAGGACCAACAUCUACAGACGCAUUUGUCAGCUCGGCUCCUGUCACAACAACAGCAACUCCCAAGAGCACGACUUUAGCAAAACUGAUCACCAGCGCAUCUAGGAGGCCUUCUACUGCUAAGCCCCAUCAGCCUACAACAAGGCCAUCAACCACUGUUACAACAACCACUAGUCAGCCAAGCACAACACAAAGCGCCAAAAGAAACCUAGAUCUCUCUACGGCAGGGAUUACGAGCUCCACAGAAUCACAUCAAGGAGUGAAUAAUGGUGAUGUAAAGAUGGAGACUUCAGAAUCUCAUUCUCAUUCUAAUGUCCUCUACGCUGUGAUACCUGUUGUUAUACUCUGCUUGCUUUCAUUCGGAGGCUUUCUCUUGUGGAGAAAGUGGAGAUUGAAAAACACCAAUACUAUUCACUUUGAGAAUCCUGUAUACCAGAAAACAACAGAAGAAGAUGAGAUUCACAUAUGUCGGAGUCAGGAUGGAUACACCUAUCCUUCAAGGCAGAUGUUGAGCUCCGAAGACGACAUUGCUUGAAACCCUAACCAAAUGUGCCUAUCACCAAACUCUGCUGCUCAAAAAUAUCAGGGGCAAUGACUGCUAAACCCAAAAAUGUAUCCGUCCAGACAGCGAUACCAUCCAGCACAGUCUGGAGUUCUUGAGAUUAUUUUUUUACUUUUUCUGUCCACGUUUUGUUUUGUUUUUCUCACUAAACCACUGAACAUAGGGCCCAGAGACUGCGGUUACUAUAUUUUUAUGGGACUUAUUUAUGAAGAUACCUGUGUUCUUGAAGUUGUGCCAUUGUCUCCUCCCUCGCGCCUCUAGACUAUCUGCAAUGCAAGAUCCGCUUCUCCUAAAUGAAGGACUAUACUGAUGAGGUCUGUGAAGGGUGGGAAGAGACUGGAGAAAUCUGAGCACUGGGGGGACUAUGAAGGACUGAAUGUGAGGAUCCUGCUGGUUUUUACUUUAUGUUUUGCUUUAAAAGCACAAAAUCGUUCUAAAAAAAACACUAAAAGAGUCAAACAUUGAACUGGAGAGUAAUGAGGAGAGGCCGGUAAAGGAACUGUGGAUGUAUCCUCAGGGCAUCAGACAUGUUUACUGCCUUGAGGUUAACCUCGGGGUUUGGAGAGCCACCGUUUUUUUUAUAGCUGCUGUGCCCUCCCGAGCUACAAUGUAGCAAGCCACUAAAGGCCACGAAUCACCCACAAGUGCCUAAUCGACUACCACCAAUUGCUUUCGAUCCUUUGUUUCUCUGAAAGCUCAUCCUCUUUGUCUCAAGUGUUUUGUAUAUAGUUUUUAUAUAGGAGCUUGUCGUCACUUUUAAUUUGAACAGAUUGGUGGCUUUUUGCCUGCCUGUAUCCGACAGGGUAUGAUGGUGGAGAACAAGGUUUUGACGUAUGGAAUCUGGGAAGUUUGGCUGUUUCUUAAGCUUUAAUUCUUCGUGCAAAGUUACAAUGAUAAAAACUGUUUUCAGUGGUGCUACCUGCAGUGGGAGAAGGCGAGGAGCCUGUUUUCUUACCACGCUGCCUUAAUUUGCAACUGCUACUUGAAAUCUCAACUUUUGGCUGCAUGAGAGCUAAGCCGGGUGUAGAACUGUUGAUCUAAAUAUGGCGAGGAUGGCCGCCGUGGGUGAUAAGCAGAUGCCAAACAUUUGUGGAGACGCUUAUCCUGGGAUUGACAACGGAAUCAAAUAGAGAUUGGGUCUAGCGGGCAUCAAUUUAUCUGGCUAUGUCCACGUGUAACAAAAAAAAGCUGCAGAUUUUCCUUCAGAUUUUUGAGUGGAAAAUCCACAGCAUAAGGGCUCAUGCACACGACCGUAUGUAUUUUGUGGUGCGCAAAAAACCCAAAAAACCGGAUGACGUCCGUAUUGCAUCAUGUAACAAUGGCUGCCUGCAAAAUGGACAAGAAUAGGACAUGUUCUGUCUUUUUGCGGAACGGACACGGAAUGCACACCGAGUUAUUUCCAUUUUUUGUGGCCCCAUUGAAAUGAAUGGUU